AUGGUCGUUUACCUGACUAAAGGCACUGACGCACGGAGGCUCCUAGCUGACGGGUUCUUUCACGCUGGAGGAGAAUCUGGCGUGACCAGUACCUUCGAGUAUCGACCUCGACCGAUGCAAUGUUACAAUUGCCAGGAAAUUGGACACAAGGCAUUCCAGUGCAAGAACACCCAGAAAUGCGCCAAUGCGUUCCAUGCGGGGGCCCUCAUGAAUCGUUCAGCAGAAAUUGUCAGAAACUCUACCCAUCACGACAUGAAUAAAAGCGUCCGAAUCAUUCAGCUGAAUGUGAGGAAACAGGGAGCAGUACAUGACAGUUUGAUGAACGAUGAAGAGACCCGGGACGCAGUCGCACUAGCGAUUCAGGAACCCCAAGCGAGGAGAAUCCAAGGGCGGCUCCUGACAACCCUGAUGGGACAUCACAAAUGGACUAAGAUGGUCCCCUCCACUUGGAGGGAGGGCCGAUGGGCAAUCCGUAGCAUGUUGUGGAUCAAUAGGGAUGUAGAAGCGGAGCAAGUGCCGAUCGAGUCGCCGGACCUGACCGCAGCGGUUAUCCGCCUCCCCGAGCGCCUGAUAUUUAUGGCAUCAGUCUACGUAGAGGGAGGAGAUGCCGCAGCGUUGGACGACGCAUGUGAUCGCCUCAGAAAAGCAAUCAGUAAGGUACGGCAAGACGCGGGAACAGUGGUGGAGAUUAUGAUCGUGGGGGACUUUAACCGCCACGAUCAGCUCUGGGGAGGAGACGACGUAUCUUUAACAAGACAAGGAGAAGCGGAUCCAAUCAUCAACCUCAUGAGUGAGUUCGCUCUCUGUAGCCUGCUCAAACGAGGCACGAAGACAUGGCACGGUGGAGGGCAGAAUGGGGACUGCGAGUCUACUAUCGACCUCGUCCUGGCCUCAGCUAGCUUGACAGACUCGUUGGUCAAGUGCGCAAUACACGGGACGGAGCACGGCUCGGACCACCGCGCUAUUGAGACCAUUUUCGAUGCCCCAUGGCCAGCUCCACAGCACCCGGAACGACUUUUGCUGAAAAACGCGCCAUGGAAGGAAAUUAACGCCGCCCUGGCCACCACUCCGUCGGGAGGCACGGUGCAGCAGAAAACCGACCGGCUCAUGUCUGCGGUGUCGGAGGCGGUGCAUAUUUUGACGCCGAGGGCCAAACCGUCGCCACACGCAAAGCGAUGGUGGACGGUGGACCUAACACAACUCCGUCAGAUAUACACGUAUUGGAGAAACCACGCCCGCUCGGAGCGACGCGCAGGGCGAAAGGUACCACACCUGGAAAAUAUGGCCGCAAGUGCGGCGAAACAAUACCACGAUGCUAUUCGCAAACAAAAGAAGAAACACUGGAAUGAGUUUCUUGCGGACAACGAUAAUAUAUGGAAAGCCGCGAAAUACCUGAAGUCAGGAGAUGAUGCAGCAUUCGGCAAGGUCCCACAGCUCCUCCGGGCGGAUGGAACUAUGACCGCCGAUCAUAAAGAGCAAGCGGAGGAACUACUGACCAAAUUCUUCCCGCCACUGCCGGACAGAAUUGACGAUGAAGGGAUCAGGCCGCAGAGAGCGCCCUUGGAGAUGUCCGCCAUCACUAUGGAAGAGGUCGAACGACAGCUGUUGGCGGCAAAGUCUUGGAAAGCACCUGGUGAAGAUGGCCUACCAGCGAUAGUGUGGAAGAUGACGUGGCCCGUGGUCAAGCACAGUGUUCUUGAACUAUUCCGGACGUCGCUGGAAGAAGGCGCGGUGCCUAGGCAGUGGAGACAUGCAAAGAUUAUACCACUCAAAAAACCGAACAAAGAGAACUACACCAUCGCGAAGGCCUGGAGGCCGAUUUCACUCCUCGCGACACUGGGCAAGGUACUGGAAUCAGUCAUCGCAGAAAGAAUCUCACACGCGGUGGAAACUUACGGCCUGCUUCCGACCAGCCAUUUCGGGGCCCGUAAGCAACGGUCAGCGGAGCAAGCACUCUUACUUUUACAAGAGCAAAUCUAUGCGGCGUGGCGUGGCCGACGGGUCUUGAGCUUGAUCAGCUUCGAUGUCAAAGGAGCUUACAAUGGGGUCUGUAAGGAACGAUUACUCCAGAGGAUGAAAGCGCGAGGGAUCCCGGAGGCCCUGCUUCGGUGGGUCGAAGCGUUCUGCUCGGAGCGAACGGCGACCAUCCAAAUCAAUGGGCAAGCAUCAGAGGCCCAAAGCCUCCCACAGGCCGGGCUGCCUCAGGGCUCACCCCUGUCCCCAAUCCUAUUCCUCUUCAACGCAGAUCUCGUACAGCGACAGAUCAACGGCCAGGGAGGAGCGAUUGCCUUCGUGGAUGACUUCACCGCGUGGGUGACCGGACCGAUCGCACAGAGCAACCGGCAGGGUAUUGAAACAAUCGUCAAUGAAGCACUCGACUGGGAAAGGAGAAGUGGAGCGACCUUUGAAGCAGAGAAAACCGCCAUUAUACACUUCGCCCCCAAGGCCCACAAAUCGGACUCGGAGCCAUUUACCAUUAAGGGAGAGACCGUUGAACCCAGAGACCAUGUCAAGAUUCUUGGCGUCAUCAUGGACACAAGACUCAAAUACAAGGAACACAUUGCGAGAGCGGCGUCCAAAGGCCUGGAAGCAGCGAUGGAGCUGCGACGGCUUCAGGGUCUAUCCCCAGCAACAGCACGACAGUUAUUCACCUCGACGGUGGCCUCAGUAGUGGACUAUGCCUCCAAUGUCUGGAUGCACGCUUUCAAGAAUCAGAGCGUCGGGCCGAUCAACCGAGUACAAAGGGUAGGAGCGCAGGCGAUUGUCGGGACAUUCCUCACAGUUGCAACCAGCGUAGCGGAAGCGGAGGCUCACAUCGCCACGGCGCAACACCGGCUCUAG